GCCGCGCUCUGCUGGGAGGCCAAGCGAGCUGCGGGAGGCCCCGGGAGCGCCGCGUCUUCCCCUCCAGCGCGCUUGCAGGGUUGAGAAGGAUACAAGCUGAGAUGAAACCUUGCCGGGGAAUUCCUCUUUACCGAACAUGGUUGGGUAACUGCUGCGGUCAGCGCUGCUCACUUUCCGUUCCUGCAAAGAGAAUACCCUGUUUGGCAGAAUGGAAUACCUUUCAGCACAACUCCUGGUGGAACAAAGUUACUUCUGUUAUAUUUAAUAACUGGUCACGGAGAUGUCACCAGACCUCAGAAACACUGUGGAACCAUGAAGCUCUGCAAAAAUAUCUGCAGACUUUAAAUCAAGAGUAUCAAAGGGUUAGUCGGUUGCUAGGGGACUGUUCCCUUAGUGAACACAGUCGAAAGACUUUGGGUAAGAGGCACACUGAACUAUCUCCACUCGCUGAGGCCUUUGAAGAAUUACAAGAGGCCAGAAAAGAGAUCCAGGAUUUGGAGAUGCUUUGUGCAAAGUUAAACACCCCAGAAGAGAAACAGCUGAUAGAACUUGCUGUAGAGGAAAAGGAAGCUGUCGACCAGAAAAUCAGCACUCUGUGUCGAAAGCUUUCUCAGAUCUUGAUCCCAAGAGAAAAAUAUGACAACUGUGAUGCUGUAUUAGAAGUGACGUCUGGCAGGACAACGGGAGGAGACAUUUGUCAGCAGUUUACGCAGGAAGUGUUUGAGAUGUACCAGAGCUAUGCUGCUUUCAAAUGUUGGGCCUUUGAAAUCCUGAAUUACACUCCAGCUGAGUAUGGUGGAAUACACCAUGCAGCCGCCCGUAUUUCUGGAGACCAUGUGUACAGGCAUUUGAAAUAUGAAGGAGGUACGCACAGGGUGCAGCGAAUCCCCGAGACUGGUUUAUCUUCAAGAAUGCAGCGGAUCCACACAGGGACCAUGUCAGUUAUUGUCCUCCCCCAGCCAGAAGAGGUGAAGAUCAAAGUAGAACCAAAAGAUCUGCGUGUAGAUACAUUUCGAGCCAAAGGGGCAGGAGGACAGCACGUCAAUACAACAGACAGUGCUGUGAGAGUUGUACACAUUCCUACAGGGUUGACUGUUGAGUGCCAACAGGAGCGAUCUCAGCUAAUGAAUAAAGAAACGGCCAUGCGGAUGUUGAGAGAAAAGCUGUACCAGCAGACCAUUGAGAGAGAGUUGAGCCAGAAGACCAGUGCUCGGAAGCUGCAGUUAGGAACAAGAGCCCAGUCAGAGAGAAUUCGCACAUAUAACUUCACCCAAGACAGAGUCACUGACCACCGAAUCUCCUACGAAGUACGCAAUAUCAAGGAAUUCCUGAGUGGCAAGGGGCUGCUGGAGGAUCUGAUCAGCAAGCUGUUGGAAGCAGCAGAGAUGGAGGCUCUGGCGGAACUCUUGGACCACAACUGUAGAUCUCUACAAGCAGACCCCUGAUCUGUAUUAAAGAAACAAAUACACUGUUCUCUCUGA